UGAUACUAUCGAUAUUCUUGCAACCCUAGUUUACGCUGCAGAUGGCAGCACUGUCAUGCAAUUUAUUUUGUUUAUAAUUAAUUUUUAUCCAACGUUAACGAAAGAAUUGCCAUGCAAAUUACAAUAAAGGUUCUUAAGGGCAAAGAUUGUACACUUGAGGUGUCACCGACGUCCACCAUUCAGGAGUUGAAGGAAAAAAUAGAUGCCGCACUGCAAAUUCCCGCUACAAAUCAGAAGCUGCUUCUGCUCGGCCGGCCACUAAGCAAUGACCAGACAAUUGCCUCGUAUCCAAAUAUCAAAGAGGGCACUAAGAUUAACCUAGUGGUAAUGAAGCCUGGACUACGUGAUUGCAUAUACCGUGCCUUCCGCAAAUUCUACACGGAAGCUCAAUCCGAAAGGUUAACCAACGAAUUCAUGACCGAUUUCGAGGCGAAACUCAAAGAACAGAGUCUGGACGAUUUGGAACGCUUUGCUGAAAAUGCUCUGUAAACAGAUUGACGCUGAAACCAAAACAUAUACUUGAUUUGAUUGUUUCCAAGCUUUAUUAUAGUAAAACAAAAAUACAUGACUGAGUUUCCACUUUUA